AUGGCUCAAAACAUACAAAGCCCGUUCACUGAGACCUCUCCAUUGAUUCAAGAAAUAUCAAGCCCGUUCUCUGAGCCCAUUCCUAUGGAUCAGGAUUUUCAAAGCCCUGUUGUUAAAGAAGUAGUCAUACCUUCAGAAGGACCUCAAGCUUCAGGAAGCCCUUUUGAAACACCCGAGCUGGAUAUCUCCAAAGGCAAAAGCAAGUUGCAUGAAUCUGAAUUAGUUGAUGACAUUCGAAUCAGCGAGCUUGAGAAAGAGAACUCCAAUAAAGAUUCAAAUAUCUCAGAACUUCAAGCAAAUCUCAGUGCUCUAACUUCUCUAUUCUUUGAUCUGAAACAGCGCCUAUUUCAAAAGUUUGGUGAUGAAUUUCAACCUUUGAGCGCCGAAUGA